CUUCUCACUUCCCCUGAACAACACGGCCCUUUUUAAGUUCAGUGGGGGAAGAGAAAGGGGGACUCUGAAAUACGAAGACAAAAAGACACAAAACAGACCUGAAAGGGCCCUGUCUUCUACACGGGAAGACUAUUGUCAAAUCAAAGAAGCAACACGAAACGAAGGUCUUGACUGCCUGAACCACGACAAAAAAAUAAGUAAAAUGGCGGAGCCGGACAAAUUAAACAUCGACUCCAUAAUACAGCGUCUUCUGGAAGUUAAGGGCUCUCGGCCAGGCAAGAACGUUCAGCUGACAGAGAACGAGAUCCGUGGCCUUUGCCUCAAGUCUCGCGAAAUCUUCCUCAGCCAGCCAAUCCUGCUCGAGCUUGAGGCCCCACUCAAGAUCUGCGGUGACGUCCACGGUCAGUACUAUGACCUGCUGCGGCUGUUUGAGUACGGAGGCUUCCCCCCGGAGAGCAACUACCUGUUCCUAGGGGACUACGUGGACCGAGGGAAGCAGUCCCUGGAGACCAUCUGCUUGCUUCUGGCCUACAAGGUCAAAUACCCAGAGAACUUCUUCUUGCUGCGUGGCAACCACGAGUGUGCCUCCAUUAACCGUAUCUAUGGCUUUUAUGACGAGUGUAAGAGACGGUAUAACAUCAAGCUGUGGAAGACGUUCACAGACUGCUUCAACUGUUUACCCGUGGCUGCCAUUGUAGAUGAGAAGAUCUUCUGCUGCCAUGGAGGCCUCUCUCCAGACCUCCAGUCCAUGGAGCAGGUGCGCAGAGUGAUGCGACCCACAGAUGUGCCUGACCAGGGCCUGCUGUGUGACCUGCUGUGGGCCGACCCAGACAAAGAUGUCCUGGGCUGGGGCGAGAACGACCGCGGGGUCUCCUUCACAUUCGGGGCAGACGUGGUGGCCAAAUUUCUGCACAAACACGACAUGGACCUUAUAUGCAGGGCACAUCAGGUGGUAGAAGACGGUUACGAGUUCUUUGCAAAGAGACAGCUUGUUACUCUGUUCUCUGCCCCUAACUACUGUGGAGAGUUUGAUAAUGCCGGUGCCAUGAUGAGUGUGGAUGAGACCCUCAUGUGUUCCUUUCAGAUUCUCAAGCCAGCGGAUAAGAAGCUCUACUCUUAUGGUGGAGGUGGAGGAAUGGGAUCUGGACGCCCCGUCACCCCGCCACGGAAUUCUGCCAAAGGCGGAAAGGCCAAGAAAUAACACCCAAUGGACCCCCCCUCCCUGAACCAGCCCCCCCCCCCCCCCCCC